AUGGAGCCGCUGCCGCCGGGCGUGGCGGGCCAGGUGCAGGCCGUGCAGCGCACGCUGCAGCUGCUGCUGGGCCUGCUGGCGCCCUGCCUGCUGCUGCUCGUGCUGCUGACCUGCCUGCUCGUGCUGCGCUGCAGGCCCAGCUGCCGCCGGGUGGGCCCGGCUUCCCCCGCGCUCUCCCAGGUGGUCCCGGGCGGGGCUGCGGCCGGGCUCGCGGGCAAGCCGCUCCCGCCGCCGGGGCGCCCCGCGGGCUCGUCCGGCGCCAGGGGGCCCGGGGCCCGGCCCAAGCGCCCCUGCUGCAGCCCGGCGCCGCCGCCGCCCAGGGCCCGGCCCAAGCCCGGCGCGGGCGGGCCCUCCUCCGGGCUCCUCAGCCGACUGCCCACCUUGGCGCCCCCCAACUCGCCUGCCACCACCUCAGGAAGCGCUGGCGUCCCAGAUGGCGCGUUGAGCAGCUGCCUCACCAGCACCCAGAACAAGCUCCGUAGAUGUGGCCGGUCAGCCUCCGUGCCCCGCUUGCACUCCGUGUCUUUUGAGUACGGAAGCAGCAUCCCCCUGAGGGAGGACCAGAGGGCCCAGCUCAGCUCGGCCAACUUCACCACCUCUCAAGGGCCGGGCCUGGACUCGGACUUCGGAGUCAGUGCAGGCGUCUCCGUGAGGGUUUUGUCCUCGGAUAGCGAAGGAAGCCCAAACACACCCCUGUUGUGUCGCCAGCAUUCAGAGAGGUUUGAGUGGGACUAUUAUGACCCAAGCUACAAGAGGAAGGCUCAGCUCCACCAUCAGCUGCCUCACAUCUGUAGCAAGCAGUACUGGCUAUAGCACAAGGUGGCAAAGGUGGGCAGUGGGGUAUGAGAGCUGCCAAGAGGAUUCGGUCCUUCUCAUGGGGAG